AAAAAAGGACUUAAUUUGUCUGAAAUUUGUAUGAGAGGUAUGCUUUUAAACUUUUAAGAGGAGAGCUUGUGGAUUGUCUCCUAAGGCAUAUUCUGGAUUCUCUGAAGAGAAGCAGCAACCAUGGGAGUUGGGGAGGGAGAAUUGCCAGGGCAUCUAGCACCCAUCCCGGAAGAGGCAUUUCAAAGAGGUUACCCGAACUUGGCCUUUGAUGAUGAUGAGAAGCCUCCGGAGGAGACGAAAGAAGAACCCCAAACCGCAGAUAUCGAGGCCAAGACGGCGAAGGGGCGCAGAAAGAAAAAGACGGAACCAAAAGAACCCCAAAGAACGGUGGGGUUUUUCCAGCUGUUCCGCUACGCUACGUGUUGCGAGGUCUUCCUGAUGGUCAUCGGCCUGCUCUGUUCCGCCAUCCACGGCAUCGCCCUGCCUCUUAUGUGUGUGGUGUUUGGAGACAUGACAGACAACUUUGUACAAAGUGGACAGCAGUACUUUACAAACCUUACAACCAAUGCCACUGUUUUCUUGAACUCAACUGUGGGGUGCAUUCAAGUGCCUGGAGUUGAUAUUCAGGCUCAAAUGACUAAAAAUGCCUAUUACUUUGUUGGAAUCGGAUGUGCUGUGUUACUGCUGGGGACCUUUCAAGUAAUGCUAUUCUUACUGACAGCCACCAAGCAGACCAAACGGAUCCGGGAGAAAUACUUCCAUGCCAUCCUUCAUCAACAGAUGGCAUGGUUUGAUACACACCAAAUUGGUGUUCUGAAUGUCAGAAUGACUGACGACAUCAACACAAUCAACGAGGGUCUUGGAGAUAAGAUCUGUGUGUUUGUGCAGUUCUUCUGUACCUUCCUGACAGGGUUAAUCAUUGGUUUCGUCUUCGGCUGGAAGCUGACCCUUGUCAUCUUGGCCAUCAGUCCUCUCCUGGCAGGAUCAGCUGCUGUCUGGUCUAAAAUUCUUGCCACCCUGACCAGUAAGGAGCUUUCUGCCUAUGCCAAGGCAGGGGCAGUGGCGGAGGAGAUCCUUGUAGCCAUCAGGACAGUCGUUGCUUUCAAUGGUCAGAAGAAAGCUGUGGAAAAGUAUGAAAACAACUUAGAGGACGCUAAAAACUACGGGAUAAAGAAGGCCAUCACCACGAAUGUGUCCAUGGGCUUAACCCAGUUUGUCAUAUUUGGGGCAUACGCAUUAGCUUUCUGGUAUGGGACCAAGCUCUCUGUAGACGAGCCAGAAAACUACACAAUUGGAAAAACCAUUACAGUCUUCUUCUCAGUGAUGAUAGGGGCGUUCUCUUUGGGCCAAGGGGCUCCUAACUUGGAAGCCAUCGCCAAAGCCCGGGGUGCUGCCUAUGAGGUCUACAAAACCAUUGAUCAGCCACGUCCGAUAGACAGCAGUUCCAAGGAAGGUCAUAAACCAGACCACGUAAGAGGAGACAUUGAGUUCAAGGACAUACACUUCAAUUACCCCUCCAGGAAAGAGGUCAAAAUUCUACAGGGGGUAAAUUUGACAGUGCCACGCGGGAAGACGAUCGCUCUGGUCGGAGCCAGUGGAUGCGGAAAGAGCACCACCAUUCAGCUCCUUCAGCGCUUCUACGAUCCAGACUUAGGACAGAUAACUCUGGAUGGUCAUGACAUCAGAACCCUAAAUGUGAAAUGGCUAAGGGAAAACAUAGGAAUUGUCAGUCAGGAACCUGUGCUGUUUGGGACAACCAUUGCAGAGAACAUCCGCUACGGCAAAGCGGAUGCCACAGAUGAGGACAUUGAACGGGCUGUGAAAGAGGCGAAUGCAUACGACUUUAUUGCCAAGCUCCCCGACAAGCUGAACACGAUGGUAGGGGAGCGGGGAGCCCAGCUAAGUGGAGGUCAGAAGCAAAGGAUAGCUAUCGCCCGAGCGCUGGUCAAAAACCCCAAGAUCCUCCUGCUGGACGAAGCCACAUCCGCUCUGGACACCCAGAGUGAGUCCAUCGUCCAGGCCGCUCUGGAUAAGGCCAGGGCGGGCCGAACCACCAUCAUGAUCGCCCAUCGUCUGUCCACCAUCAGGACAGCGGACGUGAUCGCUGGCUUCAGCAACGGCCAGGUUGUUGAGCAGGGCACCCACAGGGAGCUCAUGGCUAAGAAGGGUGUCUACUACUCUCUGGUCAUGCAACAGAGUCAUGGGAACCCAGAGGUAGAGGACACUAGUGAAGACAACAGCCUCCCUGAUUACAAUGAUCUUGUGCUCUAUGACAUGGCCUACACAGAAGAUAGCCAUGCGCUGGAAGGGGAAAAUGGUGACUUGGGAGGGAACUCGAUCCACAGAGUCAGUUUAAGAAGGAAAUCCACCAAGAAGAAACCCAAGAAGUCUAAGAAAGAGAAAAAGAAGGAAGAUGAAUCAAAUCUUCCAGACGUCCCACUCAGCCGAAUCCUGGCCAUGAACAAGCCGGAAUGGCCUUACCUUUUGUUUGGAGUCCUAGCUAGCCUGGUAGGGGGAGGCGUUUAUCCCUGUGUUGCCAUCCUCUUUGCCAAGAUCAUCGGAGUGUUUGCGGAGAUUGACCCAGAAGUCAAACGACAGAAAACCUUGAUGUUUUCGCUGCUCUUUCUGCUCAUCGGAGGGGUGGCCUUUGUCACCUACUUCAUAAAGGGUUUUAUGUUUGGAAAAUCGGGAGAGCUUCUUACCAUGAGGCUAAGGAAGCAGGUCUUUAAUGCCAUAUUGAGACAGGAGAUUGGAUGGUUUGAUGACCAUGAAAAUGCAGUGGGGGUUCUAACUACCAGACUGGCCUCAGAUGCAUCUCUGGUUAAAGGGGCAACUGGGGCCAGGCUGGGUCUCCUCACCAACUGUAUCUGCACUCUAACCAUUGCCAUUGUGGUGGCCUUCGUCUUCUGCUGGCAGCUCACCCUCCUGAUCCUCGCCUGUGUUCCCUUUCUCAUCGGAGCCAACUUCAUCCAGAUGAGGGCCAUGGCAGGCCAUGCCUCCAAAGACCAAGGGGCCCUGGAGCAGUCUGGGAAGAUCUCAACUGAGACUGUUGAAAACUUCAAGACAGUCGUCGCAUUGACCCGGGAGGAUGUUUUUUUCUACAAGUUCAUGGACAGUCUAGAGAGACCAUACAAGAAUGGUUUGGUCAAGGCACCCAUCUACGGACUGACAUUCGCCCUUUCCCAAGCCAUCCCCUACAUGGUCAACGCUGCAAUCUUCCGCUUUGGUGCCUGGCUUAUUGCGCACUGUUACACGCAGUAUGAAAACGUGUUCCUCGUGUUUUCCGUGAUCAUUUUUGCCGCCAUGAACAUCGGAGAGUCCUCGUCUUUUGCUCCUGACUUUGGCAAAGCCAAAACGGCAGCAGCAAGAAUUAUCAAACUGUUGGAGAAGGACCCUGAGAUUGACAUUUACAGUGAGGAGGGAAAGAAGCCAUCAGACUUUGCCGGCAACAUUGAAUUUCGAGGGAUCCACUUUGCGUACCCGACCCGCCAGAACGUGAAGGUUCUCCAGGGCUUGAACGUGUCUGUAGGGCCUGGUCAGACCCUGGCCCUGGUCGGGGAGAGUGGCUGUGGGAAAAGCACUUCCGUACAACUACUGGAGCGCUUCUAUAACCCCGCUGAAGGACAAGUGCUAGUGGAUGGGCAGGAUGCAAAGACUCUGAACCUUGCAUGGCUGCGGUCUCAGCUCGGCCUGGUGUCACAGGAACCCAUUCUGUUUGAUUGCACCAUCACGGAGAACAUUCAGUAUGGGGACAACAGCCGAGUGGUCUCCCAGGCUGAGAUUGAGGAAGCUGCCAAGAAGGCCAACAUACAUGACUUCAUCAUGGGCCUGCCAGAGAAAUACAACACCAGUGUUGGGGACAAGGGGACCCAGAUGUCUGGAGGUCAGAAGCAGAGGAUAGCCAUUGCCCGCGCCCUGGUCCGACAGCCUAAAAUACUGCUGCUGGAUGAAGCCACUUCUGCCCUGGACACAGAGAGUGAGAAGAUCGUCCAGCAGGCCCUGGAUGACGCCCGACUGGGCCGUACCUGCAUCGUGAUUGCCCACCGGCUGUCCACAAUCCACAACGCAGACAAGAUUGCGGUCAUUCAGAACGGCCAAGUGGCCGAGCAGGGCACCCACACUGAACUCAUGGCUAAAGAAGGGGCUUACUUCGCCCUGGUCAAUGCGCAGGUCAACCAUUAAAGACACGGCCUGCUACUUUUGGCCACAUGUUGGACCAAGAACGGGUGCCCAUAAAUGGUGUACUGUGUCGUGUUUGUGCCGAUAUGGCCCCGUGUCACCUAAACCCCUCCCUUUCAAACUUGGAAUGUCAUGACUAACGGAGGUAUGAUGGUUAAUCUAGAGAUUAUGCAUAUAUAAACAACAUGUUGUACAUCAAGCCCGAAAUGUGAGGUUUAAAGAAUGAAUCUGUCCAUCUCGAAAGUUGCAGACUGCAUCUCUAGCUAAUAUAAAUAUUGAAGCGCCCAGUAUGGUCUGUGUAUGCACUGUACAGUUCAAUGUUAGUCAGUGUUUUUUUUUUUUUUUACUCUCUCCUUGGUCAGUCUUGCUUGAGGAAAUGUUAUUGGGGCUUCAAAGGGACAUCCUGGUUAAAUUAUGGUUGAAUAAAUUUAAAAAACACAUUUUAGACUCAAUAUAUGAAUUAAAGAAAUGCACCCUAA